CUCAAUUCCAUCCAUUAUCUAUGUAUCAAGACACUGAUUCAACAGAGUAGCGAUUUGGUGAUUAGAGUGUUUUGUUCUCUAGUUGACGUAUUUUUGUUUUAAUACUGUGGGACUUAUUUUUUGGAGCCGGCAGAAGUACACUUUAUAAAACUGUUGCAAAAUAAGAGAGAAAGAUCGUCAAAAUGUCACUUGAAAGAAAAAUAAGAGCAAUGUUUCAAGCGCCUACCAAAGGUGAAAGUUUUGAAUUCAGAACUGCGUUGGUUUCCCAGUAUCCAGAGGAGAGAAAGGAUGGUAUUAAGAGAGUAAUCAAGGCCAUGACUGUUGGAAAGGACGUCAGCGCAUUGUUCCCUGACGUCUUGAAGAAUAUUGCAACCAGAGAUUUAGAACAGAAAAAAUUGGUUUAUCUUUACUUGAUGAACUAUGCCAAAUCUCACCCAGAAUUGUGUAUUCUUGCCGUCAAUACAUUUGUUCAAGACACUGAAGACCCCAAUCCUUUGGUGAGAGCACUAGCCAUACGAACAAUGGGCUGUAUCAGAGUUGACAAAAUGGUCGAUUAUAUGCACAUACCCCUAACAAGAACACUUAAGGAUGACAAUCCAUAUGUUAGAAAGACUGCUGCAAUUUGUGUUGCAAAACUAUAUGAUUUGAAUUCUCAAAUGUGUAUUGAACAAGGAUUCUUGGACAUUUUAAAAAAAUUAAUCGAUGAUUCAAAUCCAAUGGUUGUCGCUAAUGCAAUCAAUGCUCUAAUUGAAAUCGACGACAUUAAUCCAAAUGAAAAGGCUUUACAGAUCACUUCUAUAACUUUAAAGAAAAUAUUAAUGGCACUAAAUGAAUGCACUGAGUGGGGUAGAAUUACAAUUUUAACUGCAAUAUCCAAUUAUGAUUCAGUGUCAUCUGUGGAAGCUUCUCAUAUUAUUGAAAGAGUUAUACCACAACUACAACAUGCAAAUUCUGCUGUUGUCUUGGGCUCAAUAAAAGCAAUUUUGCAACAUAUCGAUACUAUUGAACAAGAAUCUUAUAGAAAUACCUUGUUUAACAAAUUAUCAUCACCACUAAUUUCACUAAUCUCAAAUAAUCCAGAAAUUCAAUUUGUUUCAUUAAGAAAUAUUAGAAUUAUUUUGGAAAAAUACCCAAAUUUAUUAUCAAAAGAACUAAGAAUUUUUUAUUGUAAAUAUAAUGAUCCACUAUAUCUUAAAUUGGAAAAAUUAGAGAUUAUGGUAAGAUUGGCAAACAUUCAAAAUUUCAAAAUUUUACUAUCUGAAUUAAAAGAAUAUUCAAUGGAAAUAGAUACUGAAUUUGUUAAAAGAAGCAUUAAAGCAAUUGGCCAAGUUGCUGUCAAAUUGGGAGAUGUUCCAGCGUUAAAAUCUACUGAAAUAUUAAUACAAUUAUUUAGAGAAAGAUCAUCUUUAGUUAUCAACGAUGUUGCUAUUGCAUUAAAGGACAUAUUAAGAAGAUUUCCCAACAAUAAAAAGUUUCUUGAUUUAAUUAUUCCUUUAUAUUUCAGUAGUUAUGAAGAUUUAACAAACCCUGAAUCAAUUUCAUGUUUUAUUUGGGUUUUAGGGCAAUAUCCAAGAAGAUUUAAUAACUUAGAAAAAAUAUUAAAGAAAUUUUGUGACACAGAUGAAGACAAUGGAAAUAACAAUGAUGAAGAUGAAUACAACGAUUUUAAUUUUAUUGACGAAGAUUAUCAAGUCCAGUUACAGCUAUUAACUACAAUUGUAAGAAUAAAUGUUCUGAAACCAACAAAAACGACUCAGAAAUAUUUGCAAAAUAUUUUAAAUAUUGCCACUACCAGGUGUGAUAAUGCUGAUAUAAGAGACCGGGCAUUUAUUUAUUGGAGGCUAUUAUCAAGUUCAUCUAAUGAGACAUUAAGAAAAAUUAUUUUAAAACCAUUACCAAUUAUAUCAUCGACUAUUCCCAAAUUUUCUGCUUCUUUGGCUAAUCAAUUGAUCAAGGAGUUAUCUACUUUAGCAUCUGUUUACCAUUUACCGUCAUCAAGUUUUCAAUCUGCUGGUAACACAAGCUCUAACAAUAGUUCUAGAUAUAAAAAUGGUAAAAUUGGAGUUCAAAAUAAAAAUAUUGAAGAAUUGCAACAAAUUGCCAAGAAUGAAAUAGUCAAUAAAUCUAAAGCAGAAAACUUGUUGAAUUUUGAUGAUGAUGAUAUCGAUGAUAGUAAUACCAAUACCAAUUCAAAUAAUAAUUUGAACAGUAGUAACAUAUUGACAGACUUGAAUGAUUUAUUUGGAAUUAGUAGCCCUUCAAGCAAUAAUAACAGCAAUAAUAGCACAAAACCUUCAAAAACUCCAAGUUUGAACAAUGAUAUUUUGAAUUUAUUUAAUUCUCCAGCUCCUUCGACAGCUAGUAAUAAUUAUAAUAAUAAUAUUUUAACAGGGAUAAAUACGUUGAAUUUAAAUAAUUCAAAUCCAAACAACAACAACAACAACAAUAAUAAUAAUAAUAAUAGUAAUAGUAAUAAGCCAAGUGAUGAUUUAUUAGGAUUGUUUUAAUGUUAUAAAAAAGAGUUGGUUAAUCAGAACAUGGGUACAA